AUGGAGGCAAGGAGUGCGGUCAUCCAGCCGCGGCAUGGGUGCCCCCACCCUCCCCACCUGAAGAGCAGCCUGCUCCUCAUCCUCCUCCUGGGUGUGUGGUAUGGUCAGGCACUGGAGAUGAUCACAGGGAAGAUCCCUUACCUGGAGGCCGUCAAUGGCAGCACUGUCCUGCUGCCCUGCAAAUAUGCCAGCUGCAUAGGCAUUGAGGACCUCUACUUCCGCUGGUCAUUCAAUGACACGGACCCCCAAAACAAGCUUUGUGAUGCAGUGAUCCAUGACGAGACCUCAGAGCCCAAUGUGAAGGUCUACAAGGACCGUGUGGAGUUUAUCGGGCAUAAUAUCGAGCAGAAUGUCUCAAUCCUGCUGUGGAACAUCACCUUCGACGAUGGAGGGGUGUACACAUGUUACGGCAAGAACCCCAAAGAGAAGGGCAGAUACCACAACGCCACCUUCACCCUGGUGGUGGUCGACCAAUUGACGGUGGUGGACAACACCCUCGCCAAGCUCAUUGCCACGUGUGUGGGCGGCGCACUUGGUCUUCUCAUGUGCUACGUCUUACUAAAGAACUUCACACUGUGGGUGAUGGCACAGAUGGAAGAGAGAAAUAAAGAAGGCCUUAUCACGUCUUCAGGGAUCGACAACACAGAGAAUGGCCUCUCGGGAUCCAAAUCCACACCCAAGCCCACACCAAAGAAAGCAUGAGAGCCUGCAUGUAUGUAGACUACGAUGUCAUCCAAGUAGAGCAAAAAAUAACAACGAAAAAAGCAAUGAUGCAGAAAACAAAAUAACAAUGACCCAAAUGCAGCCCCUCCUCCCUAUUUUUUUGACUCGUACAUUUGCAGAGCAAUGCUGAACAAGGCAAGGCCGAUACUGUAGAAGCAACUCCACUGGCUUUGCGCACACUCCUUUUCCCUCUUGUUCAGACUAAAUUCAGCAUGAAAUCACUAAAAGC